UCGCUUCAUCUGCUACGUCUUUCUGCCACUCCCCCUGGGGGGGAGGAACAGGGCCGCCGCCUGGCCCCGAGGAGCUCUCCAGCCGUUUUCCCCCUACCGUGUAGCCAUGGCCUUGCUCGGUCGGCUGGGCGCCCUUCUGCAGCAGGCAGUGUCGACGGAGGAGCCCGAUAUAGAUCUCCUGGCAGCCUUCACGGAACACUGGAAAGGCCUCACCCAUUAUUACCUGGAGACUACAGAUGAAAACAAGCCAGCGAAGCAGACCGAUAUCCCCUGGCAUUUAAAACAGAUGCUGGACAUCCUGGUGUAUGAGGAGAAACAACAGCCAUCCGGGGAGACAGGACCCUGCUUGGAGUAUUUGCUUCAGCACAAAACGUUGGAGACUCUUAGUACUCUGGGGAAAGCUGAGUAUCCUCCAGGUAUGAGGUCUCAGGUGCUGCUUUUCUUCAGCCGUCUGCUGAGACAAAUGCAGUGUCCUUUGCUGCAUUACUUGAGCGUGUACCGGCCUGUCCAGAAACUCCUUCAACUGGGCCCAGAGCUUGAAAAUGAAAUGAUGCAGCUUGUUGCUGUUUUAUGCACCAAAAUCAAACAGGAGCCUGCCCUGCUGCCUUAUGUUCUUGAGGGCAAGCGUGUGGCAAAUGGGCACAAUGUGAAUCAGCCCUUCCAACCACAAGAAACAACAGUUGAACUCCCAGAUUCUGUGAGCAAGGAGAUAGCCUCUGCAGAGCAGGGCAGGAGGUUGUGUUCGGGGGAAGCUUCGUGUGGGGUGUCGCGUGUGGAACCAGCCUCAAACUUGGUAACCUCUCUCAUCAGUUUGUGCAAGAGCAAGAAGAGGAAGGUUACUGUGAAAGCUCAAGAGAAUCUGCUGCUCCUUACCAGUAUUGAUCAUCCGACAGCUGCUCUGGCCCUGGCACAAGACAGCUUGCUGUGUCCACUGGUGGCUAGCCAUCUCUGCGCCCUAUAUGAUGCCAUCCCUGCUUCUAUUGACCCUGCCAACCUUGCCAUUCUUCAGCCAGUCAGUUGGAGAUUGCAGGGCAGCUCUGCUGAGAACUCCUUUCUAGGACAGUUAGACCUGGAGGCAUUCUUUGCCUGGCUUGACUUCUGCGAUUGCCUUGUAAAAGGGGCCCCUCUGACCAUUGCUCGUGCUGUAGCAGAAGAAAUGGCUCAGAGGUUCUUUGUGGGACAUCUUCAACCUCAGCUCCUACAGAUGUCGGAACAUGGCAUUCUCUUCUCGACAGCCGUUCUGAUGGGCCUGGUGCGACAGAUCCGGGCUCCUGCCCUCCUCCAGGAGCUUGUAGUAUUUCUGCUAGGGAUUGAAAGGAAACCUGAAGCACUUGAGAACUUUGAUCACCAGCAGCACCCCUCUCUGUGCUCCCAGCUGAUCGAGCGCUGCAAUCAUCUGUCCGAUGAGAUCAGCAUAGUCACCUUAAAGUUCUUUGAGGAGCUGUUUCGGCUUCCCGACCCACGCAUCCUACAGAAUCUGGUGUUGCACAACCUGGAGGAGCGCAGCUACAUCCUGAGAAGCCCAUCUGGGCAGGAAGAACAGUACAGCCGAGAGCAGGAUCUCUAUGAGGAUGGCCUCGGAGAACUGGAAGAGGAUCCCUAUUUCGUAGAUGGAUUCCCAACUGUGUGUUUCCAAGCCUCUAGGAAGCAAGCCGCUCCUGCCCCAAAGCAACCUGUCCCACCUGAGAAGAUGGAUGUGAAGGAGGUUGUCAGCAGCUUCCUUUGCUUGGUUCCUAGUGAGGCAAAGACCUCUGCUUACCUGGAAGAGGGAGGAUAUGACACUUAUGUCCAUGAUGCUAGUGGGAUAUUUUGGGAAUAUCAUGCUAACACGUCCCAAUGGAACUGGCCCCAAGCUCCUCGUCCCCUGGAAAGCUGUACUGCGGGAUCCCAUUUUUAUGAGGGACAUUUUUUGAAGAUGUUGUUUGACCGGCUGGCACAGAUGCUGGAUCAGCCCUAUGGAGUCAACCUGCAAGUAACAUCGGUACUGUCCCGCUUGGCCCUCUUCCCGCAUCCUCACCUCCACGAGUACCUUUUGGACCCCUACCUGCCCCUGGCCCCAGGCUGUAGGACCCUCUUUUCAGUGCUGAUCCGGGUGAUUGGAGACCUGAUGCAGAGAAUCCAAAGAGUACCAGACUUCAUGGCCAACUUGCUGCUGGUUCGAAAACGUUUAAUGGGCCUUGUCCCUGAAGGAGAUCAGAUCAGCCACCAAGUGCUGCUGGAGGGGGUGAUUGUACUUGAGGAAUUCUGCAAGGAGUUGGCUGCCAUCGCCUUUGUGAAGUCUGCACCAAGGGCACCCUUGGAUCCACCCGAAGAUCCAUGCUAGGACACAGGCACAGCUUCAGCCAAGGCCUGGAAGGGCAAGCAGCUCUGGAUGCUACAACUUUCUUGUCUUUUAGGCAACAACCUUCUGCUGCUUUUGCUUGCAGCCAGGGGCUGGCUAAGGCACUUGUGGCAGCUGCAGGCUCGGUGCACUUGAGAGCACAGCAAUCACUUGCAAAGCUACCACCAACAGUGGCUGUUCACUCCCCCAGGGACAAGCAAAAAAAUGACAUCCUGUAGGACCCUGUUGAGUCCUACCAUGUCCUUAGUGGAAAAGGCUGGCUCAGGAUCAAAAGGACCCGAAGGAGUGAGAGCUGGCACUUAACACCAAACCAGACAACUCGCCCGAAGAGCCUCAGUUUCACCUCUGCCUCUUCCUGGUGUUGCACACGUCAUCCCAGCCUCUCCACAGUCAAGUUCAUCUCUGCUGCAGCAAGAGCAGCCCCAGCUAUUAGUUGGUUCCAAGACUGGCGUUCAAAGCAGAUGUGACUACCUCUCCUGCCUCAGCCAAAGGCUACUGGCUCAACACCAGCAUUAGAGGACAUGGAUGAGUCCUGCCCUGUUUUGCCUUUUUUUUUCUGAUGAAGAUACAGAUUACUGGGUGCUGCUUUUGGGAUCUGUCUUGUUACAUUUAAUGGCCUUUGACAGUUGGUAAUCUACUCUAACUUGCCUCUUCCCUUGCCACCCUUUCUAGCCCUGCUCUUCAAGGAAGAAUUGCUCCAUUCUUUGUAUCUUGUGUUCUGUCAUACAGCCCGCAAAAACGAGCACUAAACUGAGUGAAAUGGACAAAAAUUGGAGGUGGAGAAAUCACAUAGGACUUUUAUUCUGUCAAAUACUUUCCAAGUGCAAUAAAUGAUAGACAGGGAAAACUGCCUACAGCAAGCUGGCACACUUCAUUGUCUCCCAGUAAUCCCGCCCCCCCAUUUACAGUGCUGGUCAUAUUGACUUUUAUCAGUGCCUCAAAUAAAAGGAAGCUGUGGGAA